CUCAAGAUCAUCCAUCUGUCUUCCUUGGAAUCGACGUCAUUCAUUCUGCUUCUUGCUCCUCGACUUUUCCUGUGCUCUGCCGUCUUCCAGCUUCUCCCGUCGCAUCUCAUUUCCCUCGUGUUUCCUGUUACGUCCCACCGUCCGCAUCGUUCCAGCUUUUGUCUGGUAACUUCGUCAUUAUCUCUCGUCUGUCGACCCCAAGCUCCGUCCCGCUGCUCACAGUGUCCUCAUAUUCAUAACCAACCCAUUACACAACACAAUGCUGCUCUCGACAUAGCCAUCUACUUCAACACCCCCCCGAUCUUUGUGUCCGUCGACCCUCUGUCUCCCUCUCUCACUCGAGCUCAAUUCCUAGAUCGAGCUUCCCGCCUAUCAAUACCAGUACAGCCACAAAAUGUCUAGACCUAUCACUCCCAUAUCGCCUGCACGCAGCCCGUUUCCCACUCAACCUGAUCCCUCUCUGCAAUCUGCGCGACCGACGAGCGUCCGACUACCGUCUUCUCGGCCAACCUCCUACAUCGGCACCCAGCAUACUGAUGCCCCGUCAAAUUAUGAUCAUCCCAGCUCCUACCCCAACGAUCCAGGUGCGAUGUCGCAAACUGGCCUUGUACACGAUGGAGAAGCCGUGACUGGAGAGGGGGCUCCCAUGCUUCCUCGGUCAAACUCACAGAUGUCCGGGUCGCAAUCGCAAGUUCCGUCAAGAGGUGGAACUUUGAAGAAGAAGCCUUCCUUGCACAAGAGCGCCAGUCUCAGAAGGACGGCCAGCAAGAGAAGCAGUUACGCCGGAUCGGUACGAAGCAUGAAACUAGGCGAAAGGGAGAAGUAUGGCGAAACCGAAGAGACGAACAGUGUCUUCUACUGUCCUGUUCCUACCUCGGGAAAUCCCACCGAAAUUCUAGCGAACAGGUUUCAAGCGUGGCGCAAAGUCCUGAAAGACAUCAUCAACUACUUUCGCGACUUACACAAGACAUACGAGAUGCGGUCGAAAGCUCUCAUGUCUACGUCAAACGUGGUCAACAAUACGUCGAUGCCGCCGAACUUUUUGUCUUCCGGAGGAAUCAGCGAGGCCAACUACAUCUUACGUGACUUUCAUAAACAGGCUCUCAGCGAGGCCAACAAGGCGCGCGACCUCGAGAACGAAGUCAUCGUUCAACUGACCGGUCUCCGGAGCGACCUGCAACAGAAAAUCAAGGAGAUCAAGAGCUUGUCUGGUGAUUUUAAGAAUUCAGUAGACAAGGAACAGGAAACGACCAAAAGGGCAGUUCGAUCUCUCCAAGAAGCACUGGGUAUGGUUGAUACGGAUGCCGCAUCUACUAGUGGGAAGGGGGAUCCAUUUUUGGUCAAAUUGGGCGUCGACAAACAGAUCGAAAGGCAGAUUGACGAAGAGAACUACCUCCAUCGAGCAUACUUGAAUCUGGAAGCCUCUGGUCGCGAACUCGAAUCAAUUGUGGUUGGAGAGAUCCAGAAAGCAUACAAUGUUCUAGCCGGCAUUCUCCGCCGUGAAGCUGACGACGCUUAUGAUACCGCCGAGAAACUCAAGGAAGGACCCCUUGCGAUGCCCAAGGACCACGAAUGGGACGAAUUCACAACAAACAAUAACCAGAUGAUCGACCCUCGCCGGCCGAUUCGGCAGAUAGGCAACAUUGUUUAUCCUGGCAAGGAUCAUCCGGCGGCCAUCGAAGUGCGAAGUGGCAUGCUCGAAAGAAAGAGCAAGUACCUGAAGAAUUACACUCCCGGAUGGUAUAUUCUAUCACCAACUCAUCUACACGAAUUCAAAUCGGCCGAUCGUGUCACCAGCCAAACUCCGGUCAUGUCACUAUACCUACCGGAGCAAAAAUUGGGCACACACUCCGAACCCGGAUCCUCGUCACACAAAUUUAUGCUUAAAGGGCGACAAACCGGUUCAAUGCACCGAGGUCAUGCUUGGGUCUUCAGAGCGGAGACCCACGACACCAUGCUUGCAUGGUACGAGGAUAUAAAAGAACUCACCUCGAAGCGUGGCGAAGAACGAAACGAAUUCGUCCGUCGAACUCAUGCCCGAUCCCUGUCUGGAAACAGCAUGAAGCCAGCGAGCAUAAUUAGCUCCGAAGGCGGUAUGGAGGAAGACGAGGCCGAUCAAAUCGCAUUUGCCGGAGAGCAAUCUGUCCGGGGAAACUCUAUCGCAAAUGAGACCGACAUGGCUGGAGCCACUGGACUGGGUGUCCUCGGUGCAAAUGAGGUCGAGGAUUCUAGGUCAGAAGCAGGAUGGCGUCCUCCUCAGCAACGACCAGCACCAGGUGGGCGUUUUCCAUCCGACCUCAACAUUCAGCGAGGCUUACAAGCACCGCUUUCCCCAUCUAGUGGAGCCAGUUCUGACCAAGACCGAGAUGUUAUAGCAGCCGCAGGAUCCCUUCCCGGAAGUGGCGUGCCCUUCUCGAACAGUCCCGACAGGCAUACAGAGCUACAGCCAGCCACUGCACCAACCGUACCUCAAUCUAACCCGAUGAACACUAAUAGCCACUAUACCGCUGGCCAGCACCCAAAUAUCAUGCCUGCACACACCACCAUCUCACCGACACAGGACACCACCAGCCAAUACGGCGAAUGGAUGGCGCCGAUCGCAGCAGGCGCGGGAGGCGCUGCAGUUGGAGCUGGUGUGAUGCAUCACCAUCAGAAUCACCAAGAACAGGUGCCGCCUGAGAAUAUUAACAGCCAGAUGGACGGAGCAGCGGCCAUCCCAACCUCAGGUCAAUCUUCUGCUCCGAUACCGGUCGCGACCGCCGUCCCUGUCAAUGCUCCAAGCGGUCCUCGUGCAAUGAGCGAAUCGACAACUGCACCAAGUUCAGCCGCCGGAAAUGCUACAUCAUCUGGCACGGAUACUGCGACUCUUUCGACAGUGCCUACCAGUACAGGCCUGCCUGCGGGCAACGAGAGUAUGUUUGAUGCGAAUGGAGUCUUCACUGGGCCGAGAACCGCCAAGGGUGCACCCACAGACUAUGUCAUCAGGCCCUCGGAACGAUCCAAGAGCCAUACCACCAUCAGCGACCUACACGUUCCUGGGGAGUUUCCAGCUACUCCUGGUCUGAACGAAGGUCCUAGAAUGUAUGGUGAUGUGAUCCAAAAUUGAGGCAGGACAGAGCUCCGAAGGUCUCAAAUUGCUGCAAGGGUGGCUUGAGGAGUUGGGAAUGCAUACACGCACGGGACUGGGAUACUAGGCAGGUUGAGUAUCAUUUUCAUAUCAUCUGCUGGUGGUAUGUGAGCAGGGUAACACACAGAAGGGGUCGGUUCACUGGUGGGAGGUUAUCUUGUUGAAAGUUCAGUUUGCUGUUUUUUCUUCCUUCUGAAAGAUACCACACGAUCGUUCUCUUGUUUCUGCGUUGGUUGGUUCUUUUUCCGCUGUGCCUGUUCCGAAUGGUGAGGAAAACGACCAAGUAUGCCGGGUUGCUUGACAUAGUUUGAACAGCAUUGACUUUUUUCCGCUCUACUCGUUCGUAUCCAAGCGAUAAAAAGGCCAACUAGGCAAAGAUCCGAGUAGUCGAAAAUGUCAAGCAAGAAUAGCGUUCUAAGGACAGCCAGGGAUAGCCAGGAAUGGUAAAAAUACAUGGAAGAAACGUCUUGAACUUGAUGAAUAUUAUUCAAUGCCUUGCCUGUGACAUUUUUUUGCUGAUGGUGAUCGUGAAGAAGGGGCUUUGGUUGCGUGGUUAUUUGUAGUUUUUUGGUCAUCUUAUUAGACAAUCUACCUGAUGCCACAAGUACGAAUGAUGACCAGAUACCUCUUUUUUGGUUCGAG